UGGUGGAGGGUGUUUUGUUUGGGGAGGGGUAUGAAGAUUCUUUGUAUUAUUUCAUUAGUUGAAAACAAAAGUUAACAAUACAUUUAUUAAAGUUAAUACUGUAUCUAAUAGAUGAAAAGAGCCGUCCUUAUUGUCUCACUGUUGGGUUUCAUAGGACUUUCCACUGGACAAUGUAGGUACCGACUGUGUACUUUUUACGUGUCCCGCAUUACCCAGACCAACUUUCGCCCAGAUGAUAUUGACACUAAUUUGUGCCACAUUCUCAUUGUUGGCUACGCUACGUACGUUAACGAACAGAUUCGUCCCCAUGAAAAGUUCAACCAAUUCCUCCAAACACUCAGAAGUCUGAAACAAAGCAACCCGCAGUUUAAAGUCAUCUUACAGCUAAUCAACUGGAUUUCAAGUUACGAUAGUGCUUUCGACCAAAUGGUCAAUAACCAUAACUCAAGGUACAAGUUCUACGACAACGUAGUCAACUUUUUACGCGCCAACAGUUUUGACGGUAUAGAGAUCAGGCAAAGGUUUGAAAAGCAGUCCAGACCACUUGAAAAUAAAGACUGGUUCAUUGUUGUCUUGCAGGCCCUCGCUAACAAAUUUGUCGAUGAGGGUAGAUCAACAAAAAGAGAGAAGUUGCUGUUGUUGGUGCCUUUAACGUUAGUGAGUGAUUUAGCCACUCUUGAGGCUCGUGAAAGCAUUCUUGGAAUAUCCAGAGCUGCUGAUCUAGUUAUUAUGGAUUCCAUGUACUUUGUACGGAAGUCAGUGGUAGAACCACCUAGACAUCACACUGCCUUGUACGGGAUUAGGUCAUCAGAUGAGAGAACUAUUAAUUACGUAGCUAACUUUUUGACUGCAAGAGGAUGUCCUAAAGAAAAACUCAUUAUUUCAGUAUCGGCCACUGUGUUUGCAUACACAGCCAUUGACGAUUCCUAUAUAAAUAUCUGGACGACAACCUAUGAUAAGAUAUGUUCUAUGAUCUCACGAGGCUACAGAGUCUAUCGAAACAAAGACAACAAUCCAGAAAUUGAUGGACCGGAUAUUUUCAAUGUCCGGGAAGCUAAGGAAGAAUUCCGGUAUUUCUACGAAGACCCAAGUAGUCUUGGAACAAAGAUCAGGUAUAUAAAAGAAAAAGGUUUCGCUGGCAUCAGUGUGUGGGGGAUAACAGAUGACGAUUUUAAAAAUAUCUGUAGACAAGGAAGGUACCCUCUACUAAAUGCAGUGAAAGCAGAGUGCAGAUAAAAGAAGCAGUCAUGAGAAUAAAGACAACAGAAUGAGACAUUGAAAUCUAUAAGCGUUGAAAAGACUAUAGUCGUGUGUGGGUGUCAUUUCUAUAAAUAAAUCCAUAACAAUAAAAU